AGCCAGGAUUGCCUCAGCCUCCAACGAGGGCUGGUCCUACUGAAGGCGCUUUCUUCAGGACCCGGCGGAUUACCAUGACCGAGAACUCCACGUCUGCCCCAGCGGCCAAGCCCAAGAGGGCUAAGGCCUCCAAGAAGUCUACAGACCACCCCAAAUAUUCAGAUAUGAUCGUGGCUGCCAUCCAGGCUGAGAAGAACCGGUCUGGCUCCUCACGCCAAUCCAUCCAGAAGUAUAUCAAGAGCCACUACAAGGUGGGUGAGAAUGCUGACUCCCAGAUAAAGUUGUCCAUCAAGCGCCUGGUCACCACUGGUGUCCUCAAGCAGACCAAAGGAGUGGGCGCCUCGGGCUCCUUCCGACUGGCCAAGAGCGAUGAGCCCAAAAGAUCCGUGGCCUUCAAGAAGACCAAGAAGGAAGUCAAGAAGGUGGCCACACCAAAGAAGGCAGCCAAGCCCAAGAAGGCUGCUUCCAAAGCUCCAAGUAAGAAGCCCAAAGCCACCCCAGCCAAGAAGGCCAAGAAGAAGCCGGUUGCCACACCCAAGAAAGCCAAAAAACCCAAGACUGUCAAAGCCAAGCCAGUGAAGGCAUCCAAGCCCAAGAAGGCCAAAUCGGUGAAGCCCAAACCCAAGCCCAGUGCCAAGAAGUCGGGCAAGAAGAAGUGAAUAUGAGGCCUUAACUGCGGACACUCCUCCCUGUCUCCUAUUUUCUGUACAUACUUUUUAUCAUCUCUUGA